AUGUCACUUCAAUUAAAUUCAUAUUAUCUUCCUUCGACGCUUUUUGCUUCACUUAUUUUGAUUCAAACUGCAAAAGCAGAUAACCUAGGGAGCCUAGAUGAUACUGGUUCAGACGAUUCAUCAGAUAGUGGUAGUGGUUCGAAUGCUAAUGCGAAGGCUGCAACAACUAAUACUGAAAACAAAAAUACUUCAACAGCAACAAAUACAGAUCCUUCAGUGAAGACGCAAACAAUGGCGGAUACUACUAACACCCAGUUAACGACAGGAACGACAGGAACAACAGGCACGACAGGAACAGCAGAAACAAAAGAUACAAAAGAUAUUAAAGAUACAACAGGAACAGGAACGACAGGAACACUGACAACACUCUGGUGGACCCCAGCCACAGCUUCUUCAACAACUCAAGGAACAUCGACUGCCACUACGGUUUCAACAGGGGAUUCAACUACUAAAGGCACAUCAACUCCCAGUACGGCUUCAACGGGUCAUUCAACAAAGGGAACCACUCAAACAGGAGUCACAUACAACCAAUGGGGGUUUACAGGCUCCCAAUCAAAAUGGGAAGCUACCACCAUGGAGAGCUCACUAUCAGAUGCUGUUUCAUCUUCAGGUUCUGCUCAAUCUUCCCAUUCUGUUAACGGUAACAAGACUUCCAAUGCUAAUAGGAUACAGGCUAUCACUUUUGAAAAAGAUUACAAGUGGAAGAAGUUUGCCCUCGGUGGUGCUUUUAUUGGACUUACCGUCGCCUUACAAAUCAUGUGA